AUGGCAUCUUCCCGAAUCAUCUCCCACUCUCAACCCAAUCUCCACCGUCAGUCUUCCCCCUUUGACUCCGUCAAACCUAUUCCGUCUCUCAAUCUCAAUCUUCACCCAAAACGACACCAUAACCUCCGCAUUCGUGCUUCCCUCAACGAGACGCCGCACUCCGUUGAAUUGCGAACUAUCCCCGUCUCCGCCGUCUCUAACGACGUCGUUUCCAAAGAUCCUCCAUCUCUUCCUCGGCCUUUGUCUUCGAAUCAGUUAUCUAGUGCUGUUUCCGAUGGUUCAGGACUUCGUGUUGCAUAUCAGGGGGUUCAAGGUGCUUACAGUGAAUCUGCGGCACAAAAAGCUUACCCUAAUUGUGAAGCUGUGCCUUGUGAACAAUUUGACACCGCUUUUGAAUCUGUUGAAAGGUGGCUUGUGGAUAGAGCAGUUUUGCCAAUUGAGAACUCUUUAGGAGGGAGCAUCCACCGGAAUUAUGACCUUUUACUCAGGCACAGGCUACACAUAGUAGGAGAAGUAAAAUAUGCAGUCCAUCAUUGUUUGAUGGCCAACCAUGGUGUUAAACUUGAGAAUUUGAAGCGAGUUCUUAGUCACCCUCAGGCUCUUGCACAAUGUGAGAACACCUUGACAAGAUUUGGCUUAGUCAGAGAAGCAGUUGAUGAUACAGCCGGUGCUGCAAAGCAUGUUGCUUUCCAUAAACUACAAGAUGCAGGAGCUGUUGCUAGCUUAGCUGCCGCAGAGAUCUAUGGCUUAAAUAUACUUGCUCAAAACAUCCAGGAUGAUAGUGAUAAUAUCACUCGAUUUUUAGUGUUGGCGCGAGAACCUAUACUUCCAGGCACAGACAGGCCAUUUAAGACAAGCAUAGUUUUCUCCUUAGAAGAGGGACCUGGGAUACUUUUCAAGGCCCUUGCUGUUUUUGCGCUGCGUCAAAUUAAUCUUUCAAAGAUUGAAAGCCGUCCUUUGCGGAAGCAACCUCUUAGAACAUCUGAUGAUAACAACAAUAGGUACUUUGAUUAUCUUUUCUAUGUUGAUUUUGAAGCAUCAAUGGCUGAUCAGAAUGCACAAAAUGCCUUAAGGCAUCUAAUGGAGUUUGCUACAUUCUUGCGAGUGCUGGGAAGCUAUCCUAUGGAUACUAGCAUGACAUAA